GACAACGAUCGCGCGGCCCUAGCAGACAAUGAAUGAGGCCAGCCGGUGCGUCAGCUAAAGUAGAAGACCCCUCGUUGACAAGAAAAUCGGUCUCCGAACUGUAUGUAGCCAGUGUCCUUUUGUUCAGAAUAGAAUUCCUUACACACUCUUUCACACGGCAAUAAAAAACCAUGCCACUCUCGUCUUCUCUCAGCCACCUGCGCUCUGCUGGUGCAUCCAAUGCCAGACUUGCUUGCACGAGCGUUGCGGUCGCUCCCUCUGGGCUCCGAGCAGCCGCGGCCACUAGGAUAAGCUUUUUGCCGCAGCACAACUACGGAUCAUCUUCCCAAAACCAGACGGGAAAAAUGGAUGCGACAGGAGGCCAGAGUUUUCGUAUUGGAACCGGACACGGGUCAAUGUGCGACUGCGGAGGGUGUUUGCAGGUUGGUGGUGUCAGGGCCUUUUCCUCCGCUCCGCAAGCAAAUCCAUUGGAAGCGUUGUUAGAGAAGGUAUUCGUAAGUAAUUGAACUUUGUGUUGCAGAAGAUGAUUAGCAUAAAAUGUCACUUCCUUCAUGCCUCUCUAGAGCAAGCACGACUGGCCUGAACUUUGUAAUGCACAAUGCUGAAACAAAACAGGUUCCUGCAGGUGUAAAGCAAGUUUUGCACGAGCCGAUGGAGCGGAUGUCAAAACAGAUGGACUCCUGUAUGGAAAUUAUGUAAAGCAAAGGCGCAGUCUUGGGUGGCGCAACCAAAUGUUUGUCAUGCAUAAAAAUAGGCACACUUGGACUUGAAACAAAGAAAGUGUUAGUUCGUAUUGGCAACAAGCGACAUUGAUGUACAGUGUGACAAAACUUCUAACGUGUCACUCCCAAGAUCAAGCUCUUUUCUUCUCCAUACUUGUGACAGACAAGAGCGUCGAGCACAUCUCGGGCGUUGUGCAUGCACUGAUCUUGCUGUAUUGAGGUCUUUUUGAAAAUAUUAAUGCAUCACAACGACCUUGUCGGCUUACUCACAUACUAAGGACCUAGUUUCUGAACUACAUGUAGUACUACGUACUGCAGCAUGUUGUAAACACUGACAGAUGUUCAUGUUGCAGACUCCGACCGAAAUAUUAAAAUCAAAACCUCCAACGACGUAAAAAUGCUUAUGCUGGCAGGUCUCGGUCCAACCUGAUUUCCGAGCAAGAGUUGGACGAGAAGCUGGGAAAACUUCUCCCCGAACAAGCCGUGACGAUUGUCAAGGAGCAGGCGAAACUGCUGCCAGCGGACCCGUACAUGACAAAGUUAGACGAGCUGAACACGAAAUUAGACGCGUUGACGAAGAAAGUGGACGGGAUGGGAGCGGUAAAGAAGUGAACUGCUGGGCCGCUGUGCGUAGUAGGAGUGAACACAAAGAUAGUACAAAGAUACCUAUCAGAAACUUGAACACCAUCACGAGCAGAAUGCUUUGUCUACGUGUGAGAUGAUAUGACUUCAGUUUGUAGUUCCGCUUUGCUGUCAUGACUUACCGUCUAUGACCCUGUUCGUGGGGGCAGAGGCAGGACGGCAUUGCGCUAGUCUGACACAAUAAAUGUAGAUGGACGUCGG